CAAAUUUUCUAAAUUUCUCAAAUUCCCACAUUCUCAACUUCCCAGAUUCCAACAUCAUCGAAUUCCCUCUUCUUCAGAUUCCAAACUUCCCAGAUUCUAAAUUCCCCAACUUCCAGUACCCCAAAUUCUCCAACUCCCAAAUUGAUCAAAGCUCCCAAUCCCCCAAUCUCCACAAAAAUUAAGAAAGUUUCAAUCAACCUAUACGAAUUCCAAAGAAUUUCGAUUCCUAACUUCGCAACAAAGAUUUCCAUAAUCUCCAAAAAUUAUAAGCAGAAAAUCGGGCUAAUGACCAUAGUAGUCGACGCCCACAACAAUAACCAAUCAGUCAAUCAAUCAAUAAGCAGAAGAAUUUUCCAAACUCUCAUCCGUCGAAACUACUUCCAUAUCCUCCCCACUCGUUUCCUAAAGAAAAGCAUCCUCGGAAUGCUUGCAACUUCGACCCAUUGAUCAGUUAUCGACAGAGCGAUUAACCGCGGAGGGUCGCCUAAAGCCGCGUCUCCAAUUGUUCGUUAUUCAAGAUCCAGCAACUCCGAUCGAAAGCACGUUAGCCACGUUACCUAUAUCUAAUCGAUAAACGCCAUUCGCCGGUUCGAGUGGUCUGCCACGAAGAAAACUCGAAAGUGUAGACAACGGGAAUGUAUCGAGACGGGACGCGUUCGAGAGCUCCGCUCGGCAGCUCGUUAUCGAGAAUUAUCGAAAUUUCUUUCAUUACUCAUCGUCGAUACACCGACCGGCCCUGGUAAACAGCCGGACAACCGUGUUUUGCUGUCUCUCUAAAACCGAUACACAGACGUUCCAGUCAUCCGUUCGCGAAUGAUCCUCCGCGUUUCAUCAACGUCUGUCUAAGUCGACGGGGCGAUUAUCGAUCGGGAGUGUUACCAGGUUGAUCCAGAGGUAAGGAGGUUUGAGUGCUACUAGGAGUGUUAGGAGUAGUAGGAGUGCUAGGAGUCCGAGUGCUACCAGGUUGAUCCAGAGUUGCGGGAUGAGCAAGACGGUGCAUUACGCUUUGGUGGCGUUCUGGGAGAAGUCCGGGUGUAAAAUCGUCGCGGAUUACCCGGCGAAAGAGGACCCGGCUUAUAGGGCCAUCGCGCUGAGCACUGUGGAUGGACUGAAGACGCUGGAGAACGAUAAGAUCAGCAUCGAUCGGGGCAAGUACACCGUACACGUGUUGAUAGGCGAACUGCACUACGCGUGUCUAACCUCAAAACCAGACUGUCCCUCGUCCGCCGCGAAGCUGGAGUCCUGUUCCCAGGUGUUUCUGGAAAGGUUGCGAAGCGUUUACAUGGAACUACCAAUUCUAGCGGACCUCUCGAGAGACCUGACCAACCUCGCAGUAAUCGAUCUCUCGAAACCGAUGAAAAAGAUAGUGGAGGAAUACAAUCGACAGGAGCUCGAUAUUAUCCCGAAACUGGAAGGAGAUCUGGCUGAGAUUCGGAAAACUUUGAUGGACGGUGUUCAGAAGCUUAUCGACAGGGGUCAGAGGCUGGAUGACCUUGUACGGAAGACACAGAGCUUGCAGAUCAUGUCACGGAAGGAUUUUCACAUGAUGACAAAAACAACUCGGAAGAAGAAGAACGCAAUGAUGGCCGCGGUGGCAGGAGUCACCAUGUUCCUCUCCACAUCCCUCUUCGUUUUCCUCGUCUACCUCGGCAUUUUAUGACCAUAAACGCACCUUGCGGAAGACGUUGCUGAAAUAUGGCUGACGCGUGUAACCGACGCGCUGUCGGAAAUAUACGAGCAAAUAAAUUAUUUAUUGGCUGCUA